AUGGGGCAAGGUCAGUCAUCUUCCAGUGAAGGCGGAGGUUCUGCCGCGCCGGUGCAGGCCAAGACAAGUUACUAUACACUCCUGGGCAUCGAAAGAACAGCCACCGAAGACGAAAUCAAGAAAGCAUACCGAAGAAAAGCCCUCGAGCUGCAUCCCGACCGAAACUACGGAAAUGUCGAAGAUGCGACAAAACUCUUUGCUGAAGUGCAAUCGGCGUACGAAGUGUUGUCGGACCCGCAAGAACGAGCGUGGUACGACAGUCAUGAAUCCUCCAUUCUCAGUGGCCAAGAUGCCCACGAUCAAGGAGCUGUGCCGACGUAUCAGAAUGUCAAGAUCACGACGGCGAAUGACAUCAACCAGAUCGUUGGCAAGUUCAACAGAAAUGUCGACUUCACUGAUUCUCCUUCGGGCUUCUUUGGCUUCUUGCGCGAACUGUUCGACCACUUGGCCCAAGAAGAAGACAUUGCAGGACAAAUGGAAAAUGUCGAUAAUCCAGAGUAUCCUACCUUUGGCCACAAAGAUGAUGACUACCCGGAUGUGGUCAAGAAAUUCUAUGCUGCAUGGUCAGGCUUCUCAACAGUAAAGUCAUACUCCUGGUGUGAUCGAUGGCGACUAUCAGAAGCACCAGACCGCUUCAUACGGCGAAGAAUGGAACAAGAAAAUGCCAAGUGUCGGAAGGACGGGCGAGAUGAGUUCAACGAGGCAGUGCGUACUUUGGUCCAAUUUGUAAAAAAGCGCGACCCUCGAGUUGUGGUGGACACGCGGACGGAAGAAGAACGCAGCAAGGCUUUACGUGACGCAGCAGAUUCGCAAAGACGACGGGCUAUGGAAAUGAACGCGGCAAAGCUCAAUGAGGCUGCACCUGAGUGGACCAAAUCGAGGGAUCCGGACGAGUAUGCAGAGUUCGAGGGCACAUUCGAUAGUGAUACGGAGGAGGAAGAAGUAUUUGAGUGUGUGGCCUGCAACAAGAUUUUCAAGAGUGAGAAGCAGAUGGACGCCCAUGAGAAGAGCAAGAAACAUCAAAAAGCCGUCAAAGACUUACAGUGGAGGAUGAGGAAGCAGGAUGCGAAUCUCGAUUUGAACGGGAGUGGUGCUGCUACGCCCGACAUUGAGGAAGAUGAAGUAGAGGUCGCAGAGAACUCGGCAGAGACAUCCAGUGAACUUGAUCAUGAUCUGGAAGUAGAUGAUGAACAACAAGAACUAGCCGCAACAAAUCAUAGCCCAACGGAGGUAGCCUCAGACUCCGAAGACGAAGACGAAGACUACGCCACUCGCGAAACAGUCGAAGCACGAAUAGCCGCCACAACACUCCACGACUCCACCACACUUCCCAGCACUCCUGCCCUCAGUGAUGACGAAGAACACAACGACGACUGGUCUGCUCAGCCCAAAAAGAAACUUGGAGCAGCGGCCAAGAAACGCGCAAAGAAAGCCGCAGCGGCUGCAGCAGAAACUUCUGGCGCUCAGACAGCCGCGGGCGAGCAUCGAUGUACGAAUUGUAGUGCGCAAUUUGAGUCCAAGACGAAAUUAUUUGAGCAUUUGAAGCAGAAUCCGAAACAUGCUGCUCUCAAGACUGUGAGCGGGGAAGGUGGGACGAAGGGGAAA